AUGACGACCCUGGCGCUGCGGUCAGGCUACCUUGGCCGCUUAUCGAGAUCCGCCAUCGCAUCCACCACCCGCACCGCCACCCGCGCGCGUUGCGCCCCGACUAUAUCCAGAUCGCUCCUCUCCAACCAGCGGAUACGAACAUACGCCAGCAUCCCGCCGAAAGAUCCGAAGGACCCGAAGGACCACGACGGUGGCAAGGAUGAUGCAAACAAGAGGGUGAAUUUCAACCAGAAUUCGCAAGGCGGAAAUGCCAAGGAGGGUUUCUCCAAGCUCACUCCCGAGGAGGAGCAAGCCAUGGAUAACCUGCUGGCCAAGUUAAAGCAAGGCCUUCCGAGGUCCCAAGGUCGGGAUCUGGAACGCGCUUUUCAGGAAAUCAAGAAGAAUGGGCUCCCGCAAGAGAUGCGCUACAUCAUGAAGAACCUACAGGAUGGGUCACCCAUGGACUUGGGCACCGCCGCCAAGCUUGUGAGGAUGACCACCACCAUGGCCCGGAGAGCUGCGGACAAGGCUGUUUUUGGUGAGAAGGACGAGCCGCAGAAGACUCAAGAUGAGGAACCCCAACAGAAGGCUGGCAGCCACGAUCCCGGCCCACGGAAUCAGCAGAAGGACAAGAGCAAGCAGAAAAACCCUGGCCAGCAGCCGUCCAUCGCCGACAUCAACCUCGAUCUGGGCUCCAUGCUCAUGUCUGCUUUUGUCGCAUACCUUCUGUACCGCCUCGUCGUCCCUGGAGAGAACUCGAAGGAGAUCACAUGGCAAGAGUUCCGCAGCACCUUCCUGGACAAGGGCUUGGUUGAGAAGGUCGUCGUCGUCAGCGGCCAGAGGGCCCGCGUCUAUCUCCACCGGGAAGCCGUUGGAUCAAUGUACCCCGAUUCCCCCGCCACGAACCCCAAUUUCCACUACUACUUUACUCUUGGCUCUGUUGAGUCUUUCGAGAGGAAGAUGGACCAGGCCCAAGAUGACCUCGGCAUCCCUGCAGGCGAACGCAUUCCGGUUGCAUACUCUGACGAGGUGCCGUGGAUAGCUACUAUCUUGUCUUUUGGUCCCACGCUUUUGGUCAUUGGUUCCAUUUUCUUCCUGACAAGACGUGCUGGCUCGGGCGCUGGAGGUUCCAGUGGCAUCUUCGGUAUGGGAAGGAGCCGCGCCAAGAAGUUCAACCACGAGACAGACAUCAAGGUCAAGUUCGCAGAUGUUGCCGGAAUGGACGAGGCCAAGCAGGAGAUUAUGGAAUUCGUCAGCUUCUUGAAGGAGCCCGGCGUCUACCAGAAGCUCGGUGCUAAGAUUCCCCGUGGUGCUAUUCUUUCUGGUCCUCCUGGUACCGGUAAGACGCUGCUUGCAAAGGCCACUGCCGGAGAAUCCGGUGUGCCAUUCUUCAGUGUCAGCGGUUCCGAAUUCGUCGAGAUGUUUGUCGGUGUUGGUCCCUCGAGAGUACGCGACUUGUUCGCCACUGCGCGAAAGAGCACGCCUUGCAUUAUUUUCAUCGACGAAAUCGACGCUAUCGGAAAGUCAAGAGCAAAGCAAAGCUUUGGCGGUGGCAACGACGAGAGAGAAAGCACGCUUAACCAGAUCCUAACCGAGAUGGAUGGCUUCAACACCUCGGAGCAGGUGGUUGUCCUUGCUGGUACUAACAGACCGGAUGUUCUCGAUAAGGCGCUUAUGCGUCCUGGUCGUUUUGACAGGCACAUUGGCAUUGACCGGCCGACCAUGGAAGGCCGCAAGCAGAUUUUUGGUGUGCAUCUUAAGAAGAUCGUCACCAAGGAGGACAUUGACUUCCUUACUGGCCGUCUCGCAGCACUUACGCCUGGCUUCGCAGGUGCGGAUAUCGCCAACUGCGUGAACGAAGCUGCACUGAUUGCUGCUCGUUUCCACGCUGAAAGUGUUGAGAUGAAGCACUUUGAACAAGCCAUUGAGCGUGUAAUUGGCGGUCUAGAGAAGAAGUCCAUGGUCCUCUCCCCUGAAGACAAGAAGACGGUUGCAUACCAUGAGGCAGGCCACGCCAUCUGUGGCUGGUACUUCAAGUAUGCGGACCCCCUCCUCAAGGUGUCGAUUAUCCCCCGUGGUUCCGGUGCCCUCGGAUACGCCCAGUACCUCCCCACCGGUGACACGUAUCUCAUGAACGUCAACCAACUCGUCGACCGCAUGGCCAUGGCUCUGGGCGGCCGCGUCUCGGAGGAGCUCCACUUCGAGACGGUCACGUCGGGCGCAUCCGACGACUUCAACAAGGUCACGCGCAUGGCCACGGCCAUGGUGACCAAGUGGGGCAUGUCGACCAAGAUCGGCUACCUGUACUUCGAAGACGACACGCAAUCCCAACUCCACAAGCCCUUCUCCGAGGAGACGGCCAAGAACAUCGACUCGGAGGUGCGCCGCAUCGUCGACGAGGCCUACAAGCAGUGCAAGGACCUGCUGGUCGAGAAGAAGCACGAGGUGGGGCUCGUCGCCGAGGAGCUGCUGAAGAAGGAGAUGCUCGGCCGCGACGACCUCGAGCGCAUCCUCGGCCCGAGGCCUUUCGGCGACCCCAAGGACUUUACCAAGUACUUUGGCUCCAAGGGCGACCGCGAGGGCGCUGGGCCCGGUAGCGUGCCUGGCGCGACGUCGAUAGGUAAGGAGGAUGGCGACGCUCCGGAGCCGCCGAAGAUUCCUCCGGGCGGCGUGGCCUUGUAA